GUCUUGCGAGACCACGUCCUCUUGGACUCACGUCUUCUAGCAACAUGUUCACUUUCGAAGGAAAGAACAUCAAGGUCAGCACACCCUCGAAGCAUGUAGUGCUGGUGGAGCUGAACAGGCAGCCAGUCAACGCGUUCCACGAAGAGUUUUGGACCGAAUAUUCCCGCGUGUUCGACGAGAUCUCCGCGCAGACCAGUGCCGACAUCCGGGUCGUCGUCCUCUCCUCAGCGCUCCCCAAGAUCUUCAGCGCAGGCAUUGAUUUCCAAAGCCUCGCCUCCACAGCAGUCCGCGGCGGAGACGGAGCCCGGGUUGCUGUAUCGCUCCGCGACACCAUUCUCAAGUUCCAGUACGCCAUAGCCGCCCCGGAGAGAUGCCCGUACCCGGUCAUCGUUGCUGUACAUGGCCCUGUCUACGGCCUGGGCUUCGAUAUCAUAUCUGCGUGCGACGUGCGCUAUGCCGCUUCGGAUGCUAAGUUUUCCAUCAAGGAAGUAGACAUGGGGCUUGCUGCGGAUAUAGGGUCGCUCGCGCAUCUUCCUAAAGUUACUGGCAACUCGUCGCUGGCUCGCGAGCUGGCGUUGAGCGCGCGUCCCUUCUCCGCGUCCGAGGCAGAGAAGCUUGGCCUCGUGUCCAACGUCGUCGAAGGAGGCAAAAACGGUGUCGUUGCCGCUGCAUUAGAGCUUGCGAAGGCGAUCGCGUCCAAAAGCCCUGUCGCUGUCGCGGGGACAAAGCGUUUGUUAAUCCACGCCAGGGAUCACAGCGUGGCCGAAAACCUAGAAUACACCGCGACGUGGAACUCAGCAAUGCUCCAAACCUCUGACUUAGCCGAGGCGGUGAAAGCGGGAAUGUCGAAGUCAAAGGAGCCUCCGAAUUUCCUACACCUGCGACGGUCGAAGUUGUGAUAUCACGUACUACGUAACGCCAGUUCUUGCUAUCGCCGUCUUCAAAGUAACAACUCUUCGUUUGUGGACGCACGGUCUGAUUUUACGGUACACGAGGCAGCUCUGAAACAGAUGAAGCUCGUCAUGUGUACAAUAUCUAUUAUUGAUAACCAUGAGUGCCACAUGGCCGUUUUGGCGUCAUCCACGUAACGCGGCGCCACUCAAGUGUCGCGGGUUCGUGUCGAUCAUACAAAUCUGACCGGGACCAUCGAACCAUGGAGUGUUGCAAAAGAAUUGGUGUAUCUCGGUCUCACAGCUGCGCAUAGCGUUUUCAAAGUUUGAUCAAUUUAACUGUUCGUCCUGCG